UCAUUUAGUUUAAACUUAUUUCUUUUAACCCGUACCACUCUGUCUGCUACAGCAACCCUGGGUUAUUGGCCAACUCGCUGAUAACAACCAAUUAGCUCCAGAAAACAUUUCAAAUGCCUACUCUUUCGCACACAUUCCAAUCGGUUAACAACUCAACCGGCACCAUUUCACAAAUCCACUUGUAUGAGCGCGAUGCUUGCAUUGACAGCAACAAUUGCGCUAACGAGUAGUAGGGGGUACGAUUGCGGCGAGUAGAAAAAAUUUUUUCAUUUCCAAACUAGCACCGAGAAUGCUUCGAAUUCAUUCAAUUGCGAUAAAAAAGUUUUAUUAUUUUGAUUAGUCAAAGUCAAGGAAAAGACAGCAAGUAGUUGAAAGAAGAGGUGGUGAAAGCAAAAACAAAGUGGAAAACAAAUAUUUGAAAACAUAAACAUUGCGUUUUAAAUGGAAAAUAAGUAAAAGAAAAAAAAGCAAUUCAUUUAGAAAAAGUUGAAACUGCUGUGCCGCCAAUUUGUAACUUCAAAUAAGAAUAUUUAUUGUACAAAAAACUAUGCUGUAAAGCAGUGGAAAAAACGCAUACAACAUUAACAUACUCCUCCAGUAUUCUAAGUAGCAGCGAAGGUGCAUGUGAAGCGAUAAGCAAAAAAAAAAAUUUAGUGUACAAAAAAAAAUUUAAGCAAAAAAAAAAACGCUGUUGUUCUCUUGGCCAGAAUUUUGAAAAAUUGCACGACGUGGGUAUUUUUGUGGUUUUGGUAGCUUGUGGAAUAAAAACUUAAAAUAAUUGAAGAGUGCUCCGUACAUAGCUAUUGUGUGUGCAUAGAAAAAACCAGCAACGCUAAAGCGCGAGACCCCCUCGAUGUUGGAUUCCUUUGGAGUUAACGCAGUGCAUAGCAAGGCUAACGCAAACGCUGAAAAUCCAACGCAGGACAGAAUUAGACUCUCGACGAACAAACGACAUGGAAAGCAUCUGUAGAUUAUGUUUUCAACCAGCUGCGCUGUUCCAGGUACCCGGCUAUAAUAUACCCACAUGUGUCAAGUGUUCCGAACAUUUAACCGCUAACGGUUUCUAUCCAUCGGUACGCGGUGGCGGUUCUGGCGCUGUCACUCCCAGCGCCGUGGAUACGCAGAAUUUGGCAAAUGUUGCCGCUGUUGCAGCACAAUUGAGUAGUAACGUCGCGGCGGCGGCUGCUGGUAAUAAUAACGUUGCUGCCGUUAAUGCUUUGGCACAGCAAUUGCAACAACAACAUCAACAACAACAGCAGCAGCAGCAACAACAACAGCAACAGCAGCAACAACAACAACAGCAGCAGCAGAAUCAGCAACAGCAGCAACAACAACAUCAAUUACAAUCAACAAGUUCUUCCGAAAGUCUACAUUCAUCAUCCGAGAUUACGGAGAAGCAAAACCGGCAAAAUCGCCGCCAGGUUAAUUUGCAGAAUCGCGCGAAAUUAAAAACGGUCACAAUGUCCGCAUUUGAAUUGGAGAAGACCAUACAACAGUUAGAUGUGGACUUGAUUUUCAACGAGGAGGGCUCAUGUCCGCUGUGCAAUAAGACAUUUUCGCGUAAAUCUUCACUACUCACACACAUACGGAAUCACGCCGCAGAACGGAAAUUCGUUUGCAAUUUUUGCAAUAAAGGCUUCACGCAGGCGGCCAAUUUACGUAAUCACGAGCGUAUACACACAAACGAUCGUCCAUAUGUGUGUGUAGAUUGUGGCAAACAGUUCACGCAGAUUACAAAUUUAAACAAUCAUCGCCGUUUACAUACUGGUGAACGUCCUUUCGUCUGCAUCGAACCCGAGUGUGGACGCUCUUUUGCCCAGGUGACCAAUCUUAACAAUCACAUGAAGACACACCACAAAGUACAGCAGUAUUGUUGUAAUCAAUGUCCAAAAAAAUUCACACAAGUCACCUCGCUCAAUCAGCAUCUGCAAGCACACGCCGGCAUCACCGGCUACUAUUGUCCACGCUGUCCGGACAAGACAUUCAAACAACAAUCCCAAUUGCAUACACACAUGAAAUCGCAUGGCAUGGCCUUCCCUUAUGAGUGUAGCAAAUGUGAUGAGAAAUUCCUGCAGCAGGCACAUCUCGAUCAGCACUUGAAGAUGCACGAUGAGUUUAAAUUCAAAUGUGACAUCUGUCCGAGUUCAUUCAAUCAGGAGACGUUGUUGAAGAAGCACGUACAGCGACAUGUGGAGGGCAGGUACCUCACUUGCCCUGUGGCCAGUUGUAAUGAAGCAUUCGCUGUGCGCCAGCAUUUAUCAAAACAUUUGCUAACGAAUCACGCACACAACGAAUUGCCGCCGCCGAAACGUUCAAAAAAAUCGAUAACAUUGCAAUCGCCACAACAACCGUUGGCUAUGAUCGGACAACCGCUCUCCAUACAGCAUACAGCCGGCCAACGUAUGUGUUCGAAUACAGGAAGAAAGCGUGGACGGCCGCGCAAGAAUAAAGAACCGCAAAAUCCUCCCAUUAAAGUUGAGAUUAACGAACCGUUGCACAAUCAGCAUGUGAUUAGCAAUGCUAGUGGACUAUCCAUACAACAACAAAUUAGCCAACAUAUGCAACAACAGCAGCAGCAACAACAACAGCAACUGCAUCAACAACAGCAGCAACAACAACAUCAUUUGUUAGCAAAUCAGGUGAAAGCGCGCUUUAUACCCACCAAAUAGAGGAAGACGAGGAGGCGUAGGAGUAGGAAUAGCAGACGGAGGUAGCCUCGACGGCAUUUGGAGCAUAAUGUAAUAGCUAAAUCGCUUUAGAAUAUGCACUAAUUUGGGUUUUAUUUUUAAUUGUCGUUAAGCGAUUUUUUAGUUUUGUCGUUUGUGUAACAUUUUAAGGCUUUAACUUAAUUCUUUUUUUAUUCUCAUUAAUUUUAAUAUUAUUAUUAUUAUUAUUUUUUUAUAUAACAUUUAUAUACGUAUAAACAUAUAUGUUAUUGUAGCAUGUAUACUGAAUGAAAAUUUGCAAGUUGAAGAAAAGAGCAAAAGAAUUCAAAUUUACACAAAGUACAGUUAAGCGUUUAAGAAAUAUAAAAAAACAUACAUAAUAUGACUAAAAUUAAGUGUAAAAAUUUAUAUGCAUAAAUGAAAUGAUGCGUCUGCGAAAUGCGGCAAGUUUGAUAGACAAAUACAGAGAAAAUGAUUGUACGCACGAAA